CGUCACUCCAUCACUACACGAACCCCUUCACUCUCCUAUAUUAUCUCUCUCCCACCCUUAACCACCUCUAUCUUUAUAUAUAUAUAUAUAUCAUCCCACCCAAACCCCAAUAACAAUCCCAUUCAUCAAUCAUUCAAUCAUGAGAGAAAUCUUACACAUUCAAGGAGGCCAAUGCGGCAACCAAAUCGGCGCCAAGUUCUGGGAAGUCAUCUGCACCGAACACGCCAUCGACCACACCGGCCGCCACACCGGAUCCAACUCCGAUCUUCAACUCGAACGUAUCAACGUCUAUUUCAAUGAAGCUUCCGGUGGCCGCUAUGUCCCUCGUGCCGUUCUCAUGGAUCUGGAGCCUGGUACCAUGGACAGCAUUAGAUCUGGUCCCUAUGGUCAGAUCUUUCGACCCGAUAACUUCGUCUUCGGUCAGUCCGGUGCUGGGAACAACUGGGCUAAAGGCCAUUAUACUGAAGGUGCUGAGUUGAUUGACUCAGUUCUUGAUGUUGUCAGGAAAGAAGCUGAGAAUUGUGAUUCUUUGCAAGGUUUUCAAGUGUGUCAUUCACUUGGAGGCGGUACCGGUUCUGGUAUGGGGACGCUCUUGAUCUCGAAAAUAAGAGAAGAAUACCCUGAUCGAAUGAUGCUUACAUUCUCGGUUUUCCCUUCGCCGAAAGUCUCUGAUACGGUUGUUGAACCCUACAACGCCACACUCUCCGUCCACCAAUUGGUCGAAAACGCCGAUGAAUGUAUGGUUCUUGACAAUGAAGCACUCUAUGACAUAUGUUUCAGAACCUUAAAACUCAGCAAUCCAAGCUUUGGUGAUUUGAACCACUUGAUAUCUGCAACCAUGAGUGGUGUAACAUGCUCUUUAAGGUUUCCGGGUCAAUUAAAUUCUGAUCUCAGGAAGCUAGCAGUGAAUUUGAUUCCAUUCCCAAGACUACAUUUCUUCAUGGUCGGUUUCGCCCCUCUGACGUCUCGUGGGUCCCAGCACUACACGUCGUUGACGGUCCCAGAACUGACUCAACAAAUGUGGGACUCGAAAAACAUGAUGUGCGCAGCGGACCCACGCCACGGGCGUUACCUUACGGCUUCCGCCAUGUUUAGAGGCAAAAUGAGCACUAAAGAGGUUGAUGAACAAAUGAUCAAUGUGCAAAACAAGAACUCGUCUUACUUUGUCGAAUGGAUUCCAAACAACGUUAAAUCUAGCGUUUGUGACAUCCCACCAACGGGCCUCUCAAUGGCGUCCACAUUCGUUGGAAACUCUACUUCGAUUCAAGAAAUGUUUAGACGAGUGAGCGAGCAGUUUACGGCUAUGUUUAGGCGCAAAGCUUUCUUGCAUUGGUAUACCGGCGAAGGAAUGGACGAGAUGGAGUUUACCGAAGCCGAGAGUAACAUGAAUGAUUUGGUGUCUGAAUAUCAACAAUAUCAAGAUGCUACAGCGGAUGAAGAAUAUGAUGAAGAGGGUGAGGAGGAGGAGGAAGAGGGGCAAUAUGAAGGGUAAAAUGGUAAAAAGGUAAAAGACUAAAAUGGUAUGUUUUGUUUUUGUAAGUUCUAUAUGAUGCAGUUUGGAGUGUACUCUUUUAAGGUUGUGGUUUUAGAUAUUUUGAUGUUUGGAUGAUAUGUUUUGGUUUGGUUUGGGUAAUGAAAGUGUUUGAAUAAAAGUAUGAUAUUUUGCUUUAAAUUGUUGUUAUUGUGACAACAAUUUGAGUGAAUAUCAUAUAUGCAAGACUAUAUUUGUGUAGAGAAUUUAUACUUUAUACUCUUUAUGGUAUGAAUGUAUGAAUGAAUGGAGAUAUUGUGGCA